UGUAUUUUUAUCAAGGCAAUAUAGUAACAUGGUCCCAGUAUAGGAACGUUAAAGAAUAGAGGAAAAAUGCUUUUGGUACGAGGUGGAGCAAGUACGUUCUGAACAACUCCUUCAUUACACCUUACAGAAUUAGACUUAACAAAGCAACAUAGAGCAUCUUCACUAACCAACUCCGUUAAUUGAAUGUCUCAACUUUCUUUAUGCAUCUUCUAUAUAUACACAGGUACCAGUUUCCACAUUACAUACCAGAAAAAAAUAAAUAAAAUCUUACUCCUUCUUCAGACCUUUUAAAAGGGUACCUUCCAUAUCCUAUUGUGAUGGAGUCAAAGAAAGAGGGUGUGGCAUCUGCACCUACAAGCCCAGAAUCAAGGAGGACGAGGAGCAAUGGCAAAGGAAAAACCAUUGCUGAGGCUGCUCCCCCUUCUGUAACAGUAGUUUCCACAAAAGUUACCCCAUCCCCAAGGGGGGGAUGGAGAAAGGGUGCCGCAAUCCUAGAUUUCAUCCUUAGGCUCGGAGCCAUUAGUUCUGCUAUAGGUGCUGCUGCCGUCAUGGGGAACAAUGAGCAGAUACUUCCAUUCUUCACCCAGUUCUUUCAGUUUCAUGUUCAGUGGGAUGAUUUUCCAAUGUUUCAGUUUUUUGUAUUUGCGAAUGGAGCAGCAGUUGUAUUCCUCAUCCUCUCGUUGCCAUUUUCAAUUGUAUGCAUUGUUCGACCUUUUGCAGUAGGGCCAAGGCUUCUACUAGUGAUCGUAGACAUAUUUGCAAUGGCAUUGGUGAUCGCAGCUGCUUCAGCUGCUGCAGCUGUUGUGUACUUAGCGCACAAUGGGAGCCAAGAUGCCAAUUGGAUCGCCAUUUGUCAGCAGUACACUGACUUCUGUCAGGUUACUAGCCAAGCUGUGGUGGCUUCUUUCGUUGCUGCGGUUUUCUUAAUUUGCUUGAUUGUGCUCUCCUCUGUGGCUCUCAAAAGGGGUUGAAAAGAGAAUUUGGAUGGUAAUGGCGGUGCUUCAUAGAAGCUUCUCUUAUAUAAUACUAUUGUAAAGUUGCAAGAGUUUGAGGUGUAACUGAUGUGUGUGAGUGUGCGUGUUACAUUAAAGUCAAAAAUCACGUUCCAGUUUGUCUUUCCAACACAUUCUAGAUUGCAAAUCUGAGAACAAAGUUAAAA